AUGCUGUUCCUGCUACUGGUGUUGCUCACGGUUCUUGUCCCAGGUGGUGACAGUGAUGAUGACUUCCAGGAACUAAGCUCCUUCCGAAUCAUCCUGACAAUAUCUUUUUACAACCAUUCCUGGACACAGAAUCAGGCCUCAGCUUGGCUGGAUGAGCUGCAGACUCAUACCUGGGACAGCAAGAAAGGCAUCUUCAUGAACAAGCAGCCUUGGUCCAAGGGCAACUUCAGCAAUAAGGAGCUGACGGAACAGGAAAGGGCACUACAGGUGGCAUCCAUUAGAAUUCCUCUGAUAUUUCAGGACCAUGUCAGUCAAUGGCAGCUUAAAUAUCCCUUUCAGGUACAGAUGGCCAAAGGGUGUGAGCUGCGCUUCGGAGAGAAAUCAGUAGGAUUUAAGAGGAUUGCGUAUCAAGGAUCAGAUCUCAUGAGCUUCCAGAACACAUCAUGGAUACCAUCUCCGAAGGGAGGAGAAAGGGCUCAGCAGGUCUGCAAACUGUUCAAUCAGUACCAUGAGGUCAAUUUAAGGAUACAAGCACUUAUUAAGGACCUCUGUUCCCGUUUCCUCUGGGAGCUUCUUGAUGCAGGGAAGGCAGACCUGCAGCGACAAGUGAGGCCAGAGGCCUGGCUGUCCAGCGGCCCCAGUCCCGGCCCUGGCCGUCUGCUGCUGGUGUGCCACGUCUCCGGCUUCCACCCAAAGCCAGUGCGGGUGAUGUGGAUGCGGGGUGAGCAGGAGCAGCCGGGCACCCGGCGAGGCGACGUCCUGCCCCAGGCUGACGGGACCUGGUAUCUUCAGGUCUCCUUGGAAGUGGAAGCCAGAGAGGCGGCCGGCCUGUCUUGCCGAGUGAGACACAGCAGUCUAGGAGGCCAGGACGUGGUCCUCUACUGGGAGCAGCACCGCCCCGUGGGCUGGGCCUUCCUGGCGGUGAUGGUGCCACUGGUGCUUCUGGCUGGUCUUGCGUUCUGGCUCUGGAAGUGCCGGAAAUCACCUUGGAGGCCUCAGUGCACUGGCCUCCCUUUGGAGAGAAAUCCCAGCAGCCCAGGACCAGGACAUUCCUAAACCCAUCUCAGCGGUGAUGGACUUGCAAGUCUCUGUGUGCAGCCUCUG